AUAUAUCUCUCCAAUGGCUAAUAGUCUAUUGUACUAUGUAACUUUUUCCAUGUUUUUGUUGCUCACAAUGUUACGAGUUUGGCGAGAAACCACGAAUGAACCGCAUGUUUAUAGGCGAAAAGAAUGGAUUGAAAGGCAUUUCGAAUCUGGAUUUGCUUGUCUUCGUUUGGGAUUCCAUGAAGAUCAAAAGUACUUUAGGUCGUAUUUUCUACAAUAACAAAUAAUUAGUACACUACAUAUGUACUAUUUAUCUGAUCAAUUGGCAUGUUUGUACUCUACACUGGCGUGACAACGAUUUAUGUAUUCUGUUUUUGGUUGUAUGGAGCCUAAUAAUUUAAUAUAAAA